GAAUUUUCUGAAAGAUUGUUCACGUUCAACCUUGCUGAGAGUUGCUUCGACUUCUCAGUAUUCAUGUAUAUUUUUCCAUUUCUCAGAAAUGAACUCUCGCACUAAAGUCCAAGUUUGAAACGAUAUGUAAUAUGCACGGCAAUCAUCUCAAAGUUACUUCUUCCUAUUUUAUCCCUACCUUGAUGUGGGAUGUCAACGUUCAGACACGUACACGCACCGCGAUUUUUGCAUGCGUCUAACGGUCGACUUCAACCCUCCGUCUGUCACAAACAGUAGCGAUCGAGCUUGCAACGUGUAAGCACGCGAAACAUUAUCGGUACGGAAAAUACCUUUGUCGACAAAGCUUGCAACAAAGCAUUCUUUUAUAUAAUAAUAUAAUAAUUAUAAUUAAUAUUUAUUUUUUUAACGUCAUCAUAACAUCAAAGUAUUUAAUAUCCAUAUGCUUAAAUCCCUUUUCUUGCAAAAUUACCCUUCACUCAUGAUCGAGAAGCGCAUUUUGGCAGCCAAUAACCCGAACGAAAAGUACGAACAGGAUGUGCAGUACGCUACCAAGCAAACUAGCGUUCUACUGCGAAUAAUCGGCAUUUGAUCUAUGCACGAGGGCCAUCUGACCACUCCUGAAAUGAUCUGUAAGACUCUUCUGAUUGUCAUCUGCUGCAUCAUGAUCUGUUUCAACAUAGUACUCUAUACAUUCUACUGCAUCUUCAACACAGAGAACGAUCCGCGCGCAAAACUGAAAUUAACCGCACCCAUAAUCUACUGCAUGACCGCAUUCGCCAAAUACGUGACCUUCAUUAUACAUGAGGGCGAUAUCAAGACUUGUCUGAAACAUGUGACGAACGAUUGGAAAUUUCUGGCGAAUGUGCCGAACGCGAGGGACGCCAUGAUAGUCAACGCAAAGACAGCGAGGAAACUGUUCACCGUAUGCUGCACCAUUCUGUACUUCACCAGUCUCCUUUAUCAUCUGACGCCAUUGAUCGAAGGGAACAUCGACAUUGACGAGAAUGCUACGAUCAAGCUGCUAAUCAAUUCGAGUCAGCUCAGCAUUUUGGACCAGCGACGCAAUCACGCUUUCGAAAUUGUGUUUUUGCUGCAGUUCUUCGGCGGUUUCAUCAUAUGUACCUUAACAAUCGCGUUAUACGGACUCAAUGCGUUGCUCGUGAUGCAUACGUGUGCGCAGAUGACGAUUCUGAUGACACUGAUAAAAAUGCUUAGUGGCGAGGAGGCGUGUAAAGGAAGAAACGUGGACGAGCGACUGGCGAUCGUGGUGGAACAUCAGACGCGGACGCGCAGUUUUCUAUCUCUGGUAGAAAAAACGUUGCAGCAUGGCAGCUUAUUUGAUGUCCUUGGUUGCACGAUGCUGAUAUGUUUAGUUGGAUAUUGUAUUCUGAUUGUAAGCAGUUUCAUUAAACGAUGUUAUAAAAUUUUAUUGCCACAGGCAGACCAAGUGGCUUGGACAACAAAUAUGUUGGAAUGGUAUCGUCUUCCAACGAAUAAAACACGUAACAUCGUGUUAAUAAUAAUUACAUCGCAUAUUCCAUUAAAGAUUACAGCGGGAAAACUUGUUGUUUUAUCUUUCAGAACGUUUGGCAAUGUAAGAUACAUGAAGUGAAACACAACUGAUUUCAAGCUUUAUAAUAUUGUUUCUAUUAGAGAAACCAGAUGUAAUAAUACCUAACUGAAAUUAUAGGUGGUCAAAUCAGCCGUUGCAUAUCUCAACAUACUUCGCACCGUCGUCGAGUGACAUUAUUAAGACAGGAACACAGUUAUUAAUUAUUCAGGUAUUAUAUUUCUAUAGAUUAAAAUAAAUAUAACUGAAUACAUAAUGUAUUAUACAUAUAUAGUGCCGAAUGAAUUAUACAAAAAGUGUUCUGUGUAAAAUGAUUAAUCAUAAAUAGUACCUGUACUUA